AUGGCAGAAGUCCUAAAGGAGUGGCUUUCUCAACGAUUACAAAGACCGAUAAAGUGGGAAGCGGAAGAAUUUGGAGAUAAAAUGAAAAACGGACAUAUCAUCGCCUGUGUACUUGAAAGUUAUCAUGUUAUUAGUGAAGAAAAACUUUAUUACAUUCGACCUACUGAUAACAAAGACGAAAUAAAAUAUAACUGGAAACUAUUAAGAGAAUGGUUACACGAUAUAGAACUAAAUUUAACAGAUACUGACAUAACUUCUAUUGUUGAAGGUAAAGGCUCAACGAUACUUCGCCUAUUUUACCAAUUAUUUCUUCACUUAGACAAAAAAGAUCGCACUGACUUCAUCAAGAAAGAGCGAAAGAUGGUUUCUACGUUGAUUGAAAAAAUUGAUCAUCGAUUUCAAGUGGACCGAGUCAUUGAAGAAAAAGAACCGGUUGUGGAUGAUCUAUCACGGCCACUAAUUAAUGAGAAAUUGUUUAUAGAAUGGCAAAGAAAAAAGGAAAUGCAAGUCAAAGAUACUUAUGACUUUAUUAAACAUAAAUACACCAAAAUGAUACAAAAUUUAAAAGACAAGGAAUUGGUUAAAAAAGAGUCACCAGAAAGACCAAAAAAAGCAUCUUCAAGAGAUAAGAGAGAUAUGGAAAAUUUUUGCCUUAGACACCCUUGUAAAUUUCAGAACUUUACUUAUGAGCAGUUACUAGAACUAGAUAAUCGCUUUAUAGAAAGAAAAAAAUCCCUUGUUGAUACUGCAUGGGCACACGAUUAUAUGGACAAUUUGUAUACGAGGAUGAACAAAAAGACUGAUUCAGAAGAAUUUCAAAAACAGUUAAGGAAUGUUAUUAGUGGAUCACUGUGGGAUAUGUCUGUAGUAGAAGAAGAAUCGAAACUCGAUACACAUUUUGCAAAAAAAGUAAUGAAGUUAUCUCAAUUUGAAAAACAAAUGGGCACUCAAAUUAUGGAAACAAGGCAACAAGCGCGAAAUUUGGCCAGAAAUAGGAUAAUUGGUGACUCAGAAUUUGUUGAACAACGAACCGUGCAGUUUAAUCUUUUUCUAGAUAAUGUUAAGGAAGAAAUUAAUAUGGGGUUAGUAGAAAUCGAUUUUGAAAAGCAGCGGCAAAAUAUGCUACACAAAAAAUUGUAUGCAGAAAAAAUGAAGAGGAAAAGACAGCAUUAUUAUGAAAUUUGUUAUGAUACUGUUUUGUCCAUCAUAGACUAUGCAACAAAAUUUGCUUAUUUUAAACGAUUGCUUGAUAAUGAUAUACCAGACCACUUCAUACAUGAAUGGAAAACACUGUAUUAUAAACAGCAGCCUAUCUUUGACAUUAUAGAUCCCAUGGAAGAUAUCCUCAAACAAGCUUCCUUGGAAGAAGAGACUUUACCCGAAGAAGAAGAAAUUAUCAGGCUUGAACUAGAUCGACAAGAAGCUUUAAAUAAAAGUGAAUUUAUGGACUAUCAUAACUAUUUUUAUCCGUGGACAUUGGAAACUCUUAUACCUAAUUAUGAUGCAGAAUCUGAAGAAAGAAAAUAUGAAUAUUUAGGAACACGAGUUUUAGGUCAUUUAGUUUACACAUUACUUGAAAUAAAAUAUCCAUAUCCACCGCAAAGACCACCAGCCGAUCUCCCAAAUUUUUCUUCUAAAGCUUUCUUAUGUGGCUUACCAGACAGAUCAAUUACACUUGCGAUGCAAAUACUGCUGAAUGCAAAGAAAAUUCACGUUGUUCGUUUAGAAACCGCUAUUAAUUUUUGUUUGCGUAGAUUUAAAACAGAAAUGAUUGGCUGUACAGAUAUUGACUUGUCGUUUGAUAAGUUCUUGGUUAUAGCUCAGGAAGAAGAGAGUAAAGAACUAAUAAAACUAUUAAAGGCGGAGGAUGACAUUAUAACGAAAAAUAGUGAGGCAAACAUGUCAGCUAUAUCAGGACCCAUGCCCGCAAAUGCUAAGCAAACACAAACUCCUAAAACUAUACCAGAAGAGGAAAUUAAACUAUCAACUGCCGCCGAUCUCGGUCAGUACACUUACAAUGCAUUAUGUUCAGGUGAUUCUUUGACAGAUUAUCUAUUGGCCGCAAUGAUUGUAGAAUAUAUAAAAGAUCAAGACGACAUAGAUGGGUUUGUCAUAAUCAACUAUCCGAAUACAUACCGAGAAGGUCAAAUUUUGGAAGAAACGUUUUCAGGAAGAGCCCCACCUGAUGAAAGUGAAUUAGACGAUAGAGACGAAAUAUAUCUCGAAGAGAGCAUCAUUAAACACCGUAAAGUAGAAAAAGAUCCAUACAAAGAAAUCAGAAUAUCCAAGUUAGUAAAGGAUCCUCAUAAGAAGAGAAUUGAAAAACCAUUUGAAAGUUAUUUUACUUGUUAUUUAAAGCUGAAAGAAACUGAAGAUAUUUUACAAGAAUUUGUAAUUUGGGAAUUAGCGGAAGAUAAUUCUGAAUUCAUCGAUAGAUUUUAUGCUGCUUUAGGUAUAAAUUAUAGUAUGUAUUACGAAGUCAUAGAAAAGGAACAGUUAGCCUUAAUAUGUAAAUAUAUAAUUGGGGACUUAUCAAUUCCGCUUAAGUCUUCGGAAAACUUAUUUGGUGAAAAUGUACUCAGCUUAUUAGAUUUUCCAUCCUCUGAAGACAAGCGUACCAAAUCAAAAAUAGUAAAAUCAGAAAUCAUUAACGGUAAGUCAAAAGAAAAAAUACGACGAAGCUCUAAAAUUAGUAAAUUAUCUAUUACGAGCGAACUUGAAGUUGUAAAAUCGCCCGAUUCAAAAAUGGACAUAGCAGACGUUAGAAAUUUGUCGAUCACUAGUAUUCACGAACAAAGUGAAGCGUCAUCAUCGAAAACUAGUGUUACUGUAGAAGAAGUCAAAAUCCUCGCUGGAGAGGAAGAUUGGGAUUAUGGAGAGAUUCCCAUUGCAGAAGGUAUCGGUAUCGCUCUGGCAACUUGCUGGGAAGAGACAGAAAAAACCUACAUUCAUGAUAUGCAGAAACUGUUUAUGGCUAUUCGACUUCAAAUUAAUUGCAUUGUCCCUUACACAAGAUUUAUUAAAGAUAAAAUGGAACAGGUAAUUACGUUACCGUCUGAAAAGCAAGAUUUAGUUACUACGUUUCAAAAGGAAUAUAAUGAUUUCGAAAACGAUUGGCGGGAUGUUAAUUUGACGAAGAAUGAAUGGCAUUGCAGAGUUAAAGAAUUACAGAUCAAGUUAAACCAAAUCUGUGAUCAAAGAAAAAUAUUUGCUGAAAGACAGAGACAGACAUUAAUAUGCGAAAAUUGGACGCUAGAAGAGCUUACAACGAUGGUUAACUCAUACAUUUCAUGCAUGCAAACAGAAAUAAAUCGUUCAACUUUAACCUUUCAAGCAUUUCACGACUUUUACUAUGCAAUGCUCAAGCGCUCACCGCCGUCAGAUCGAUUGACAUCUAAAGAACUACCUAAAAUAUUAAGAGAGACCGACGAGACUUCCGGUAGCAAAAAAGGAGGCGAAGACAAAGCGUUUCGUCAGUUAAAAAAUGCAUUUCAAGAUUUGCAAUUAAAAAAUAUUGAAAUCGAUUACAGUAACAAUCCAUUCAACGUGUUUAUAGAAAAUAAUGUAAAGUUGGCUCUUAAAGUAAUUAAAGAAACAAAUGAUUCCUACAGAUCGUUAAUAAGUCGUGAGUAUAGUGAGAUAGCAAAAAUAGUUCCAGUCACUAAGAAAAAAGAAGAAAAUUCAUCAAUUGAAACAAUUAAUGAGGACGAAAUAUUUAAAUUAAAUGCCCUAAAGUGUAUUGAUGAAUGGACCGUGGCCAUUAACGGUGAAAUGUUCCGAGCAAAUUUACGUAUUGUAGCAUUACAAUAUAAAUGCUUUCGUGACAUGAAACUAUUUAAUGACAAUAUAUAUAAAGCUUUUAAUGAUAUUCAGACAGAUAUAAACAACUAUUACUUAAAUGAAAUCAAAUCGGUAGACCGCUUAUGUAAAUAUCUUCAAAUGGCAGUCGAAGGUGGCAAAAGAGUUCCCGACAGCUUAAUUUUGGAAAAUGACACUUUUAUAAUAGACCCUAAUCUCCUUCAAUUUUACCCGGAAGUCGUAGUUGGAGACGUUGAAAAGCCUCGCAGAGACGUGCAGGCAGAUAGUCAAUUUAAAAUCGGACAAUUGAGCCGAUUGCGUUCUCAGUUCAAAAUAGUCGCACCUAAAGGAAUUGCCCUACAGCAAGCUUUUAUAUAUGUAUUACAAGAUUUCAUUGUGUUUGGAAAAGAAAAUUGUGAAGGACCAAUGUUUCCCGAGAUUUGGAGACAUAUUGAUCCAGAACAAGUGCCGAAAUUGGUGUUCAUAUUGUUCGGAGAUACUGCUUACAUCGACUGGAGAGAUUUUUUGAUCUAUUGUUUAAAUGUCGGUUUCCCUAACAUCGAGGAACUGUUACACAUUCGUAAGAAUUUUCGUUGUAAGGAUCUUGAAUCAAGGGAACUUAUCUCAAGAAUAGAUUUUUUAAAAACAAAGCUAUGGUUUGAGUCUGAUGUAGAUCCAGAUGAUAGUCGAAGAAUUUUGCGUAACAAUCUUAUCAAGCACUUCAUGUUUGAACUUUAUGAAACUGAGGAAGAUAUUAUGAAUUAUUCGGCAUUUCUACUAGCGAUCUCUAAACACGUUAAUCCUAUAGACGGAUUUGCUAUGGCACUAUCUGUGGCAGGCGGUAAACAAAUUUGCUUUUCUUUGGAUGAAUGCGAAGAAGUUAUUUGUAAGUUGAUCAAAGAUAAAAAGUAUCGAGAUGAAUGCUUGGCCUGCGCUUUAAAGUGUACAACGCAAUUUUUGGACACAAUUAUAACAAAUGUCAUUAAUACGUGCGAAGGCACAACUUUAAUAGAAUUAGAAUACACAGAACCUCCGCCAACCGACGAUAAAAAAGGUAAAAAGGGUAAAGGUACUGGUGCAAAAGCAAAGAAAAUAGAGAGUUCUCAAAGUGCACGUAUUCCUAAAGCUCAGAGAAGUCUAACGAGUCAUAGUAAGAUGGCUCAAUCCGCAACGGACGUUAAAACUACAUUUAUCUGUAGACCCUGCGAGGAAGAAGCCGAGGUAGUGGAAGAAAAGCCACCUGAGAAGGAGGAGGUCGUCGAAGAGGAAAAGAUAGAAAUCCAGCCGGACCCUAAUUUGGAUUAUGCUGUUAGACAAGAUGUCAUUUGGAACGUGCUGAAAAUAUGUCUUCCAUGGCAUUUUAAUUUAGUACCCCAGGAGAAGGUAACGCCAUAUAUUGAACAAGUAACAGAAGUGAUGUCUCGCUUAGAAGUUGACACUGAUGAUAAAAGUAUUUACAUAGCCAAAUUUGUGAGUGAUCCGAACAUCUGCACAGAAGAGUUCAAUAGGGGCAGGCUAUUUAAUGCCGGUUUCAAAGAAGCAAUGAAACUAGAUAAAUGGCAAUGCAUCGUUUUCCACGACGUAGAUCUCUUACCUUUGACUGAUAGAAUUUUUUACACCUGCCCCAUCUGGCCGAGGAACUUAUGUGGCAAAAUUGUGGAGGAGAAACGCAACCGAUUUCGUACCUUCUACGGGGGUGUUUCUGUUAUCAAUGUGGAGCAUUUUUAUAAAGUCAAUGGCUAUUCUAACUACUACUGGGGUUGGGGUGGUGAAGAUGAUGACAUCUUUAAAAGGUUACAGGACGUCGGCAUACCAGUAACGAAGUAUGACGAAAAAGUAGCUCUUUAUACAACUCUACGACAUGUAAAACAACAGCCCAAUCGAUAUAGAUACAAGUUGCUGAAAACAGCUACCGAUAGAUAUACAGCAGAUGGCUUAUCUACGCUAAAGUAUAAAGUCACAUCAAUUACAAUGAAGCAUCUUUACACUCAUAUAACAGUCAACAUUAACCCGGACAAAGAAAACAUCCAGGACGUGAUAAGGAGGAUAAUCUGA